GACGUUUGCCUGUGGGAGCGGGCCUUUCGGAGGAGACCGGAAGUGGAGUCACUGGGAGGUAACCAGAAAUGGAGAGAAAAGUAAGCAGAAUCUGUCUUGCUUCUGAACCCAAUAUAAUUCAUUUUCUACAAGUGUCUUGGGAGAUAACACUAGGAUCUGGUUUUGUUAUUACACUUACUGAUGGUCAGUCAGCGUGGACUGGGACAGUGUCUGAAUCAGAGAUUUCCCAAGAAGCUGAUGACAUGGCAAUGGAAAAAGAGAAAUAUGUUGAUGAACUGAGAAAAGCAUUGGUGUCAGGAGCAGGACCAGCUGACGCAUACAAGUUUAAUUUUUUGAAGGAGUCUUGUCAUUUCUCCUUCGAGAAAAAUCUGAAAGAUGUUUCAUUCAGACUUGGUUCCUUCAGCCUAGAGAAAGUUGCAAGCUCAACUGAGGUUGUUAGAGAACUUAUUUGUUACUGUCUGGAUACCAUAGCAGAAAACCAAGCCAAAAAUGAGCACCUACAGAAAGAAAAUCAAAGGCUUCUGAGAGAUUGGAAUGAUAUUCAAGAACGAUUGGAAAAAUGUGUGAGUGCUAAGGAAGCUUUGGAGACUGACCUUUACAAACGAUUUAUUCUCGUAUUGAAUGAGAAAAAAACAAAGAUCAGAAGCUUACAUAAAUUGUUAAAUGAAGUUCAAGAACUAGAAAAGAACACUGAACAUGAAAGGGAAGCUACAACCCACUCUGAAAUGACUGCUGACCGAGAUGCAAUCUAUGAUGAAAGUACUGAUGAGGAAAAUGAAAACUUGUCUGAUCCCUCUGUGUUGGCUUCAGCUACUUUAAGAAAAGAUGAUUCCAUUCUUUCAAGUCCUGAUGUCACUGAUAUUGCACCAAGUAGAAAGAGGAGGCAGCGAAUGCAAAAAAAUCUUGGGACAGAACCAAAAAUGGCUUCUCAGGAGCAUCAGCUUCAAGAAAAGAAAAAGCUUGAUCCUUCACUACCUGAGCCGCCGAAAAAGGAGCAUAUAUCAGCUGCUAACAUGUCUUUAGAAACUCUAAGAAACAGCAGUCCAGAAGACCUCUUUGAUGAGAUUUAACAGUCUCCAAACAGUACUUUGAUGUUCACUAGACUGUGUUUUUUAUUCAUUUCUUUAGAAUGAAAAAGCAAAAUUUCAACUCAGCGGUAGCUAUUACUGCACCUUACAAUUUAAUUACAUACACACUGAGUUGAAACCAUUGUGCAAAAUAGAUUACACAUGUAUGUGAAGGUAUGAUUUGAUGACAGUGGUACAUUAUUUUAAACUGUUUGUUCAGCAUGCCUAUAAUUACAUAAAAUUUUAGACUUUUUGUUGCGAAAGAAACAUUUAUCAUAUUCAUUUAUACAUAUUAUAUGUGGUAGCUGUCUAACAUCCUGUCUAGGAAGAUUUUGGAAAUAGGAAAAAGAAAACAUCUGUUUAAAAU